AUGCAUCAAAAUGCAUCAAAAUGUCGUUUAGUGUGAGAGAGCAGUUGUACGUAUGUGUGUGCAAUAAGAAUAUUAAAUUGCUUCAAUUAUUAAAAUUUGCAUACGAUUGUUUAAAUAAAUAACAAAACAACAAACAAAUUCACAUAAUCCAAAAAAAUUGUUGAUAAAAUUUGAUUAGAUAUUGAUAAUUAAAAGCUUAAAAAUACUCUUUUUUAUCCUCAUCAACAACCUAUAUUAAAAACAAUCAUCAUCAACUGGAUGAAAAAUUUCGCAAUAGUAAAAAAAACAUAAACAACAAGAUGUCAGGUGAAAAUGAUCAUGAAAGUGAUAUGGAGUAUUCAGAUUCAGAUGAUUGUGGUGAUGCUGGCUAUGAAGAUUAUUACAAUCAUCAACAAUGGGGUAGUGAAAUUGAUGAUGGUGAUAAUGAUACAAAAGAUCAAGAAUAUGCAAUACAUGAAUGUUUACAAGUUGAAGAAGUUGAAAGAUUAUUAAAUGAAAGUGUUGAAUUAUUAAGUAGUAGUUUACAAAUAACACCAUCACUUGCUAAAGUAUUAUUACACACUCACAAUUGGGCAUUGCAAGAUGUCGUUAAAAAAUAUCGUGAAAAUUCAAUUGGUUUAUUGAUUGAAUCAAAAAUAAAAUCAUCACAACCACCAGAUCCUGUAUCAACAGUUAAAGGACAAAAAGGUGGUCAUUGUUCAGUAUGUAUGACAAUUUAUUCAGCAGAUAAAUUUUCAAUUUUAACAUGUGGUGAUGCAUUUUGUAAAGAUUGUUGGUGUAUGCAUUUUGAAGUACAAAUAACACAGGGUAUAUCAACUGGUAUACAAUGUAUGGCACAAAAUUGUAAAGUACUUGUACCAGAAGAUUUUGUAUUAUCAUUAUUAACAAAAUCAAAUAUGCGUGAUAAAUAUCAACAUUUUGCAUUUCGUGAUUAUGUUAAAAAUCAUCCACAGUUACGUUUUUGUCCAGGACCAAAUUGUUCAGUAAUUGUUAAAUCAAAUGAACUACGUGCAAAACGUGUAUUAUGUUAUUCAUGUAAAACAAUUUUUUGUUUUCGUUGUGGUAUUGAUUAUCAUGCACCAACUGAUUGUAGUAUUAUUAAAAAAUGGAUGACAAAAUGUGCUGAUGAUUCUGAAACAGCUAAUUAUAUUAGUGCACAUACAAAAGAUUGUCCAAAAUGUCGUAUUUGUAUUGAAAAAAAUGGUGGAUGUAAUCAUAUGCAAUGUUAUCAAUGUAAACAUGAAUUUUGUUGGAUGUGUCUUAAUGAUUGGAAAGCACACGGUAGUGAAUAUUAUGAAUGUUCACGUUAUAAAGAAAAUCCAAAUAUAACACAUGAAAGUGUACAUGCACAAGCACGUGAAGCACUUAAAAAAUAUCUUCAUUAUUAUGAACGAUGGGAAAAUCAUAGUAAAUCAUUGAAGUUAGAAGAACAAACAUUAGAAAAUAUGAAACUACGUAUUAAUAAAAAAGUCAUGGGUGCAAAUGGUACAUGGAUUGAUUGGCAACAUCUUUAUGCAGCUGCAUCAUUAUUAGCACGUUGCAGAUAUACAUUGCAGUAUACUUAUCCGUAUGCAUAUUAUAUGGAAACUGGACCACGUAAAGUUCUUUUUGAAUAUCAACAAGCUCAGCUUGAAGCUGAAAUUGAAAAUUUAUCAUGGAAAAUUGAAAGAGCUGAGACAACUGAUCGUGGUGAUCUUGAAAAUCAAGUUGAUAUUGCAGAAAAAAGACGUGUUACAUUGCUCAAAGAUUUUUUAGAGAAUGAUUUAACUGGAAAUAAUACUCAAGAAGAACAGCGAGUAUAGUAAAUUUUUUUCUAAAUAAAAUAUCUUUGAUAAUCAUUAAUUAACUUGAUGAAUAAUCACAAGAAAAAAAAGGAAAUUCGAAAAAUCGAAAUCUAAUUUAUUUGGUUGAUAAUAUAAAUUUUUUUUUUUUUCUUUUUAGUUUUAUUUAAAACUGUGAGCUAUUUUAAAAAUCAUUAAUAUAAUUAAUAGUUGUAUUAUUUAAUGAGAUUAUUGUUAAAAUAACAAAUUUAAAUUUUCCUAGUCUAAAAGUUCAUUAAAAAAAAAAAGAAAAAAAAAACAAAAUUCAUCUCGCAAUAAAAAAAAAAAAUAUUAAAUUAAUUUUUUUUAUAAUAAUCAUUAAUUUUUGAUGAUUAUUAUAAUUUUAUGAAUUAAAUUUCAUAUUUUUAAAUACCAAAUUAUAAUUGCCUAGCUUAAUAAAUCAAUUUUUCUUUAUUUUUAAAAUUUAAUUAUUUUUUUUCAAAUAUUAUUCAUUGAGUAUUGUUAAAAAUAAGAAAAAAAAAAAAUGAAAUAAUCUUUAUAAUUAAUUAAUCAUUAAGUCUAUGUAAAUAUAAUAAAAUUAUUCUUUUUUUUUUUUUAGAGAUAUUAAUCAUUGUAAAAUGGGUUGUGUCACAUACUUUUUUGUUUUUUUUUGUAACAACAAUUCAAUGGAUUAAAUAAUAAAAUAUAAAAAAAAAAAAAAC